AUGUCCGUGACCUUCGCCCUCUUGCUCCUCCUGAGCCAGGCCACCUCAGACCCAUGCUACCACCCGGGGGGCCGCCCCCGCUUCUGCCUCCCACCCGUCACCCAGCUGGCCGGCGCGGCGGCCUCCUGCCCCCAGGCCUGCGCCCUGGCCGCGGGGGCCGAGGCGGGCGGCAGGGCCCCCUGCAAUGGCAGCCUGACCCUGGCCCUGGGCGGCUCCUUCCUCCUGGCGUCCGUCAGCCUGCGCUUCUGCACCCCGGGCCCCCCGGCCCUGGUCCUGUCGGCCGCCUGGGCCGUGGGAGGCCCCUGGAGAUCGCUGUGGCGCAGGCCCGCCUGGCCCGGCGCCCUGGGGGGCCCCGAAAAAGUGACCUUCCGUGCCCCGCCGGGCUCGAAGGCCAGCGUGGUGGCCAGUCACCUCCGCGUGGAGCUCGGGGGCCGGGCGGGGCUGGCGGCGGCCGGAGUGAGAGGGCGCUGCCAGUGCCAUGGCCACGCCGCCCGCUGUGCCGCCCGCGCCCGGCCCCCCCGCUGCCGCUGCCGCCACCACACCACCGGCCCGGGGUGCGAGAGCUGCCGCCCGUCCCACCGAGACUGGCCCUGGCGGCCGGCCACACCCUGGCACCCCCACCCUUGCCUACCCUGUUCCUGCAACCAGCACGCCCGCCGCUGCAGGUUCAACGCGGAGCUGUUCCGGCUGUCGGGGGGCCGCAGCGGCGGCGUCUGCGAGCGGUGCCGCCACCACACAGCAGGGCGGCACUGCCACUACUGCCAGCCCGGGUUCUGGAGGGACCCCGGCCAGCCCAUCACCAGCCGCAAGGCCUGCAGGGCCUGCCAGUGCCACCCUAUCGGGGCGACAGGGGGCACCUGCAACCAGACCAGCGGGCAGUGCUCCUGCAAGAUAGGGGUCACCGGCCUGACCUGCAGCCGCUGCGGCCCUGGCUACCAGCAGAGCCGCUCCCCCAGGAUGCCCUGCCAGCGAAUCCCAGAAGCAACAACCACCCUGGCGACCACCUCUAGUGCUUACAGCUCCGACCCUCAGUGCCACAACUACUGCAAUGUCUCGGACACCAGGGUACACAUGAGCCUUCGGAGGUACUGCCAGCAGGACUACGUCCUCCACGCGCAGGUGCUGGCGGCGGAGGCGGCGGGCCAGGCCUGGCGGCGGCUGGCCCUGCACGUGCUGGCCGUGUACAGGCAGCGGGCGCGGCCCGUGCGCCGCGGCGGCCAGGAGGCCUGGGUGCCCGGCGCCGACCUGGCCUGCGGCUGCCUCCGCCUGCAGCCCGGCUCCCACUACCUGGUGCUGGGCAGCGCGGCGGGCCAACCCGACCCCGCGCGCCUCGUCCUCGACCGCCACGGCCUCGCACUUCCCUGGAGGCCGCGCUGGGCCGGGCCGCUGCGGCGGCUGCAGCGGGAGGAGCGAGCAGGCGGCUGCCGCGCCCUGGAGCCUCCGACCCCGGCCUAG